ACCCCGCUCCUGCUGCACGGCGCUUACUUCAGUACGAUGAGGACGAAAUUGUUCCUUCCCUCUUUCCUGUCUUCUUUCGAGAAUCUUUAGGCUUUUUUCCCUUAACUUUCCAUAUAAAUGGCACAGCAACCCACAUAUAUCCUCUCACCCAACUUCCAUUUCAAGCCAGAAACGGGCCCUAUCGGAUUGGGGAACAUAAUAUCACACCCCCUGCGACCACACCGAGCCCUGACAACUGUCGAUGCGACGACACUGGAGAAAGUGUACCCACGGAUAGAAAGAUUUACGGAUUACGAGCGAAGUAUUGAACGAGGCGACAGCCGCGAUGUCUCGAUGAGCUUGUGGGCAGAGUUCCUGCAGACGGUAUCCGGAGAGUUGUCGGGCGGACGGGGUAGCGAUGUGCGAUCAAACUAUAGGAUGGACCAACUGGAGACAGAAUACUUUGUUACCGACCCUCCGCUGGAAGAGAUCCAAGCACGUCUAAAGGCCCCUCGGGUUCAGGCUGUCACCAAGGCAGGCAGGAUUCCUGGAUUCAGGAACCCUGUCUACAUGGUUACAGGUCUCAUGAUAGCGAAAGGGUUUACCGCCACUAUGAAGAACAACAAACGUCACAAUGGGGAGAUUGAGGUUGGCGGCAAUUUUCCAUCGCCGGGAUUUCAGGUUGGCGCUGGAGCGAAUCUCGCCAAAUCGACCAGCACAGAAGAAUCAGAUACUUGGCGGGCGGGCGAGGAUAUAGUGUUUGCAUAUCAGCUUCUCAAGGUAGAAGUCAAGGGUUGGAAAGGCGAUAGAGUUAAAUACGAUGAGCUGAGGCACAAGGCCGCCUACUUGAGCAAUGAUGAUGAAGAUGAGACAGAUGAGGACGACGAUGCCGUGGAAGAGAUCAUCAUAGGUUCAGCUGAUCCGGGCACUUUAUCCAGUGAUCAUGACCAAGGGAGUCUGACUGUGACAGAAAUUGGAGAGGGGGAUAGUCGAGUCAGCUGUAUUUCUUCGAUGCCUGGGAGUAGUCCUUGACUCAGAGUAAUCAGUUCUCAUAAUUAGAGCCCAGAUAACUUGCCGCCAAUUUUUGCCCACCGGGCAUCCUCCGGAAUACCUAUCAAGCCCCGUACCGUCAGGUACAAAUAACCUGACUGGAGCGUGUUAGAGGAUAUGGCCCUGAAGAUUGCAUUUAUACCCCGACGUGUCCAGGCUCGGUUUUUGGCAUUGUGAAAUGGCUUCUCGGGAGGGCGAGAACUAAUAUAUCCCAGAAGAGAUCCUGCUAUU